UUUAAUUGUUGAUAAUCAAGCUUAGGUCCAGAUUCAAGAAGUGUUUGCCCAUCUGAUUGUUAUCCUGUUGACACAACUUCAGAGAUAAUUUUAGCCCUCAAUAUGAGCUCAAGGGUCGGAAAUUAAUCUAGUCUUCAAACAUUUAAGACACUCCAUCGACUUUGAACUUUACUGUGAAGCCCGAUCCACAAACUAUGAACCAUAACUAACUAUAAAAUUAAACUUAACAGUCAACAAGAUCCUAUGAAUCAUUAAGGUAUAACAUUCAACAUUAACAUUUGAGGGUUUAAACUUGAUUGUUUAAUGGCGCCAUGAAUGUCUUGAUCAGCUGUUUCCAUCAUACAAUCUUUCAAUUGCGAAUCAAAAUUUAGGCGCACAAAUUUGAACAAGUUAUGAGUUUGUUUCAAAAUCUUUCCUUGUAAAUCCGUUAGAUUUGUAUAUUUAAUUGUUAAAAACAUAUCAAACUGAGUAAAUGACCUUCUAUCGUAUAUUGAUUACAACAAUCAAGAGCCCAAAAUGGAAGAGCAAAUUAAUCAAGUUUUCAAGGCUGUAACUUGUCCAGCAACUCUUCAAUUACCAACCUUACCAUUGAAUCGAGACAGAUAUGCUUAAAAAAUAACCCUGAGGAUAUUUCACAUUGAAACUUUCCCUGUUUGACUCCAUUGAUUCCAAUGAGUUUGUUGUACUUUUGAUUAUUUUUAUUCUUGCUUUAUCCAGAUCCACAUUUAUUCGCUCAGUUUCACUAUCAACCGUCUCUUUUAAACUUGUUUCCAGUUUUGCUAUAUUUUUCAUGAUCAGUGGCCAUUAAAUUGCUAUUCAUUUUACAUCUUUAAUUUCACAAUUAAACAUCGAUCAACAGCUUUCAAAGUUAUCUUGACCAUAGAUUAAAAAUGUCUAUCAACAACAAUAAACAAGUUACCAACAAGAGUGGUCCACUUGUUAAGGAGAUGCAAAAGAGAUUCAGUGAAUUUAUCAAAACCAAUGCCGACCAAUUUGAUGAAGAGGAUAUCAAAAGGAUCAGUGAAGAUGAUUUUUUUGUGAAACGCUUUCUCAUCUCCCGUAAACGCAAUGUUGACUCGGCCUUUAAAAUGAUGAUUGAAACAUUGAAAUGGAUUAAACGAGAAGAUUUCCGUCGAUUAAAGCCAAACCAUUUUCCAUCGGAAUUUUACACAAUUGGUGUUCUUUUCGAUUAUGAGCCUGAUUUGGAAGGCAAUUUUACCAUUUACAUUAGAGUUAAAUACAUUUUAAGAUGUGGACCAAUGGUUCCUCAUGCAAUUAAAUGGGCAUCCAAAUUUUUCUAUGACUUGGAUGUUAAACUUCAAGGAGCCUUUUACACGGUUCUUAUCGACUUUCAAGGCUGUGGUGUGAAAAACGCUGAAUUUGAAUUCAUUUGGCAUGCAAUCAACAUCAUGAGAACGUAUUUGCCAGCCUGUUUAAAGCAAAUCUUGGUCAUUGAUAUGCCCAAAAUAUUUAAAUUUGGCUGGUUGAUUGUGAAGCAACUUGUCCCGGAAAGUGAACGUUCAAUUCUCAAAUUCAUCUCUCGACAGCAAUUGUUUGACUUCAUUGACCCUAAAAACGUUCCCGAGUUUCUUGGUGGUUCUUGUACUCGACCAUGUCAAGGUCCGUUGAUGGUUCCAAAAGGAUGUCCAACUGCUAUUGAAUAUGGUCUAAGUAAAGGUGUCCCAUUGGAUCAGUGUUUGAAAGUGGCCAAAAUCUAUGAGCCGAUCAUUAAAGAGCAAAAUUUGUACAAGAUGGUUGAUAAAGAUGAAGAUUUUGUUUCGAGAGUUGAAAGUGAAUUGAAAUGUCGCUCAGAAGGUAAACCGCUCGAGAAAUCAUCAUUAACUGUUGAGCAGCCUGGUCAAGAUUCACUGCAAUCUGUUUGAUUUCAAAAAUUAUUUAUUCUUCUUGCUUCUUCAUUUUAUUGUUUUAAAUUAUACAUUAAUGUUUUACUCCAUUUUUCUGUAUAAAAUCUGCCGAAAACUGUAUACUAACUUUGAUUAAAGGAUGGUAGGAAUUGA